AUGGGUCACGGCCCGUUGAUCUAUCAGGACGCCUUUAACCACCAGAGGCUGGAGAUAGAGCUGGCAAAACAGGCCUUGUAUCUAACUAUCGGCGCUCCCCCCUUCAAGACAGAAUGGGGCUACGCGCACGGGACGAGCGACGACAUCUGGCCGCCGCCGCAUCUGGGCGGUGAGCAGGAGCACGACUACGUGGAGCGGAUCGUGGUGCACCUCGACGGCCUGCCGCCCGGCACGGCGCGGGCCGACAUCCUCAAGGCGGCCAAGCUGCUCACGGGCGAGGCCUCGAACAGCUUCGGCAUCCUCUACGUCACCAUCCCCGAGCCCGGAAACGCCUUUGUCUACUGCACGCAGUCGCACAACGCCGCGCUGCUCGCCGAGCUCUUUGACCGCGACGGCUUCCCCCGGGAUGUGCGUGGCGGCGACGGCGGCAGCGUGAGCAGCCACGGCAGCGGCGGUAGUGGCAGCAGCAGCAGCCGUGGUUGGAGGGGUGGUAGCAGGAUCAACACGGUCGAGGUGUCCUCUGUUCACUGCAAGUUCAAGAUCUCGUCGCAGUUCCUCCAGCACCUGCAGGACGUCAGAGGCAGGAAGGGAAAGCACGGCGCCGACGACGUCAGGAGGGAGUGGGAGGUUACUCAUCCCAGCGGGAGACCGAAGCCGUCGAAGAGAUGA